UCAGGUUUCUAACCAUCGGGAUGCCGUGAUCGGUAUUCUGGCAUAUUAGCCCCAACCCUUGAUAAAAGUUGCCACUUACCUGUAGCGUAGAUGGAACAUUCUCCUUUGGCAUAUUUCCAAGUCUGUACCAUUUAACAGCUGCAUGUUAUCUGGAAGAAUGUAUAUUUAUGUUGUAUAGGUUAAUGGUUUAUUAAGUGUGACAUUGAUGUCUGUCUAUAUAAAGUCUGCUUAGGGGCCUUCAACGUUGCAUCUCUUCAAGCCAUCGGCAAAGGCAGUGACCGGCACCAUGAAGGCUGUAUUGUGCCUGAUCUACCUCACUGUCUUUGUGGGCAGUGAAGCCAAGGUGUUCACAAAAUGUGAGCUGGCGACAACACUGAAGAACGCCGGUCUGGAUGGAUACAAUGGCUACAGCCUGGCUAACUGGAUGUGUUUGGCCUACUAUGAGAGCCGCUAUACCACCAAUGCCAUGUAUGACAAUGGCUGGAGUCGCGACUAUGGCAUCUUCCAGAUCAACAGCUACUGGUGGUGUAAUGACGGCAAAACUUCCGGGGCGGUGGGCGCUUGUAGCAUCAGCUGCAACAGUUUGAUGGAUGACAACAUCAGUGAUGACAUCACAUGUGCCAAAAGAGUCGUACGAGACCCUAACGGCAUGGGUGCCUGGGUGGCCUGGAAUAACUAUUGCAAGAACAAGGAUGUGAGCAGCUUCGUCAGUGGAUGUGCUGUGUGAAGCGGAACGCCAGACCCCAUCGCGGUGCCUUCACUACUCAGUUCCAGCUCCACAACAAAAACUCCUGUUGAUUGAUUAAUAUUUUUGGACAGUGACUGGUGGGAAUAAAAGUCAUGAAAAUAAUAA